AUGGAAGGCAAUGGUGAGCACAUAAGUCCUACCACAACAAAAAGUAUCACAAGUCGGUAUACUACGGUGCAUCCACUUGGGGAUGUCGCUGCACUCCACGCAACCACGGUAGAGAUUCAGCAGCAUAGACAACAAAAAGAUCAAUUCAUGGAGCAAAAUCUCGAUGCCCCAUGCCCUGAUGAACACGCAGGAGCGACUGCGGCCAACAACAGGUGCGUUCUUGGUCACAAAGGGCGCCCACACGCGCUUCACAGCGAGGCGGUGCGCAACGAGGUACUGGCCACCUAUUCUAUCACUCGUUCUAUUCAUUCAUUCAUUGUGUUCGGUGAAGACGACGAGGAUGAAUCGUUUUUUUCAGAGCAGGUGAGGGCACACGCACACGCUGAUAGAUUAGAGGCGGCAGAGAUACGGCGUACUCGUACCCUCUUCCAUCCCUACCGAGUUGGUAGUGAGAAUUCUUCUCUUGUUGGCGGUGGACGCGGCUCGCAGUUGUGUCUCGUCACUGUCGUGGAGGACUUACACCAACAACUCAAGGACGCAUGGUCUGCCGGAGAGAAGGUGCGGAGCCUCCGCAUCGCUAUUUGUGCAGCGCGAAUGCUGUCAAAGGUGCUCGUGCCGAGCUGCUACCCAUCCGUCUACGUGCUGGUGGCGCGGGUACUGGACACGUUUGGUGAUUUGGUGGCUCAGCGUUUGCAGAGCACCGCGGCGGAGAAGAGCUACGUGGUGGCCACGCUCCUCAAGAAGGGGAUUGAUGCCUCUGAGGACAUCAUCCCGGCCGAGUCUGUGGAGAUGUGCUACAACUGGUUUUUGAAGAUUAAUUCCAUAAGGGAGUUGCUCCCACGUGUCUGCAUUGAGCUUUCUCUGCUCAAGUGCUUCAGAUACAUGGGGAAGAAGACUCGUGUUGUGUCAGAGGCGGUGGUGCGUCGUCUGGCGAUGCAGAUUCGCGGCAUCGCUGACCCACUUGUGGCGUCGCAUCUUCGUUGGUAUUUGAGCGCGCGUGCGAUGGGCGUCCUUAGUAAGCCAGGCUGGGCGACCGCUUCCGCACUGGACCAAGCGGUGCUGGAUACACUGGAGGCGCUUGAGCACCUUAGCCCUGUGUUGUUGGAGCAGCUGCAGGGCGCACACGAUCUCGGACGGCUGGACUACUUUGAUCUCUUCAUUCCGGUGCUGCAGUGGCAGCUGGACAUCGUGGUGCGUUACGGGGACCCUCUGCUGCUCGAGCAGCGAGGCUUUCUAAAGGAAGUGGUUAACGUCGUCGUGGAGAGGUUGGGUGGGCCUUCGCCACUGCUACUGUGUCUGUGGCGCGCCUUUUCCGCUGAGGCAUUGCUAUCGUGGUACAGCAUGGAGGACCUUUUUUGCAUGACACUGCGGUCACUGCCGACACGUAUGGUUUCCCGCCUGAAUCUUUUAAAAGAGUUGUGCCUAUCUUUGGCGAAGAUGCCGGUCCUCCCUAUUCCGAGGGCACGAUGUGUCGCGUUGCUGAGUGCCGCGUGGGAUUUUGUCUUGGCAGAGUGGAAUGGAGUUCGACACGUCGCAAAUGUGGAAGACGUGACGUGCGCACAGAAAGACAUCACCAUGUGUGGUGAGCUCCUGGCUGCCUGUGGAGCACUCAUGCAGUUUAGUGCGGUCCACAUGGGGUGGAAGCAGGUGAGCGUGCUCCUCGGUUUCACGCGUGACAUCAUCGGUGACAUGUACGACAUGAGCAGAAGUGGGCUAUCGGACAUAAUUGCAACGAACUUGUUUGAUAUGCUCUCUGCCCUCAUCUUAGUGGUAAGUCCUUCCCUCUUCCUUGAGUCGGAACAUUUUAUGCUGCUGGUGCAGAAGCUUACAUCACCAAGUCGACGUCAGCUAGCCUGUACGCUGCUUCAGCUUAUUGCUUCAAAGUCUGUGAACUGUGAGGAAGCCUUGCCUCCACUUACCACGGAGAAAUUGCUGCAGGUGUGCAGAAUGCUUCACGAUGAUCUUCCCGGGGCCAGCAAGAUGGUGGACGUCCAGGAGGAGAUGCAUAUGGUGGAAAAGGUGUUUCUCCAGAAGCUGGAAAAAAUGAACUCGUCAGAGGAGGCGCUACAGUUCAUGUGCGAUGCUCGUCGCUUACUGCCACGCAUUGAUGCUGUUAGGUCCGUAGCUAUUACACGGGCGCUGGGGUUUGCUGAUGGGUGUGCAGCCAGCUAUUCACAGGGGAAGAAACGUGGUGCAAUAAAGGCGUUCUUGACAUUUUGUAUGGUUACGGUUCCUGCGCUAACGAAUCCAAUCGAGCGCCUUCAUUUAUCGGUGUUGACAUCUGGUGUGGCGUUUCGUUGUGGUAUGAUUGUCAUUGGUGAGAAGGCGCUGGACUUUGCACUGGAGACGCUUGAGGCGUAUUCUGCUGGUGACAGCUGCAACAUCUACGCAGAGGAACAUAGCCGAGGCGAGAACGGCGUUGCGGAAGUGGCUGUGCAUCUGUUAGAGGUUGGGAUCGCUGCCCCAGCGAAGGGAGAGCAUCUACGCUACGUGAAGCGAGUACUGGAGUGGUGUGCAUCAUUUGAUUGGAUGCCACUUUCUCUUUCUUAUGGACGUGUUGUGUUGUCUGCACUGUGGCUCACUGCGCGUGCGUCGCAAGGCAUGUUCUUUACCUUCCCCCUAUGCCGGACGGAGCGCUACAGCAAAGAUCCGGCGUUUGUGAAGGCGUCUGCGGGACUCUGCACCGAGGCGGCGGAGCAGCUGUUGAGAUGGCUGCAGAACAGUCGUAGCACCUUAUCGACCAUGCCUGUGGAAUCAAAAGUAGCAGCGGUGAGUUUGGCAACAAUGGCUCUUGAGAUAUUUGAGAGUACUGCUGUUGCUAUUGGCAGNUCGCACCUGGUGGAGGGGACUCUUACCUCUCUUAGUAGGGCUGCGUGGCAGGUGGCGAACGAGUGGUCCCUGUGGAGUGGAUCGUUGGAUUUGUCUCGGCAUAUUGUGCGCAGUGCGCAAUACGUGCAGCAAAAAGUGGAUGCUGCUGUAUUCAAUGCUAUUCUCUCCUGUGAGUAG